AUGGGCAACGGCGCAAAGGCUCAGCAGAAGCGUGAUCGCAACGCCAAGGACGCGAAGCUCAAGGGCUCUCAGCUCAAGGUGAACGCUGCGGCCAAGGACAUCCAGUGCCAGAUCUGCAAGGCCACCUUCUUGAAGACCACCAAGGCCCCCGCUCUGACCGAGCACGCCGAAAACAAGCACAGCAAGGGUCUUGCCGACUGCUUCCCCUCUUUCGUCGCCGCAUAA